CUCAACGAAACGCCCCUUCACUCAACGAAACGCCCCUUCACUCAACGAAACGCCCCUUUACUCAACGAAACGCCCCCUCACACUCAACGAAACACCCCCUCACACUACCCGACACUCUGAUUGGCUCUCAAGAGACUGCGUCUGAAACGUGAUGAAGUUUACGUUGACCGAGUAUGAAGAGAGAACCCGAAAAAGUAACACGGUUAAAACACGGGAAAAUAACGGAGGAAAAGGAAAGGGCCCAACAAGCCCAACAGAAGCGACGCGAGGCAUGUUGUCUGUUAACCAGUGUAAUCACAGAGGAUCAGGGCAUGCUGCAACACCUUAAAAACAUCAUCACAGGCAACACGGUGUCUCCUUGGGCCAAGAAACAGGACAGGGUCAUCCUUCUUUUUGAAGAUGAUGAACAAGUGGACAAAGUCAUGCACUUCUUGUCUGAAGUACUCGAACGUACUGAGACAGACAAGAAGUCUGCAGAUCCAGUGGCAUUCGUAAUGGAUGUACUUUUGCCAGAGGCAACAGUAUACGCCCUCGGAGCUGUUCACUCCAUCUCCCUGGACAAAGCCAAGGAGAUGUACAUGCGUGGCACAGAGUUUGACUCAAGCGAGAUAACCCAGCUUGGGGAACAGCUUCAGAGCCACAUUUCCUCAAAAGCGAGGCAGAAACUGGAUAGCUUCCUGAGCAAUUACAAGAAAGCCUUGGAGUGUGAGGAAUUCCUCAGGCGCCUGUAAUCCCUGGGUAGUGAAUGUGUCUGCUGGAUAGUCUGUUGUGUAUAAAAUAAAGAAAAUAUAUCAUUCA